AUGGAGAAAUUCACGAAGGUGCGUAACGUUGGAAAGGGCAAUAUGGGCUCCUGUGCCCUCGCCCGCAACAACGAGGACGGCAAGUACUAUGUAAUCAAACAGAUCGAUCUUACUAAGUUGAGUAAAAAGGAUCGGCAGCAGAGUUUGAAUGAGGCCCAUUUGCUUGGAUCACUGCGUCACCCCAACAUCAUUAACUAUGUAGACAGCUUUCUCUCCAAGAGGUCCGAUCAUCUUUGUAUUGUUAUGGAAUACGCUGAUAGUGGGGAUUUAAGCACACGCAUCAAGAAGACGUACGGCGUUAACUUCCGCGAGACGCAGGUGCUUGACUGGACCAUCCAGUUAGCACUUAGCCUCUCUUAUAUCCACCAGCGCAAGAUCCUUCACCGUGACGUCAAGAGCCAGAACAUAUUCUUGACAAGCCAGAACAUCCUGAAACUUGGUGACUUUGGCAUUGCACGGUCACUUAGCGGCACAUACGACCAGGCGAAGACAUUUGUGGGAACGCCAUAUUACCUCUCGCCGGAGCUCAUUUUGGAACGGCCGUACGACCAUAGGAGUGAUGUGUGGGCGUUGGGAGUGGUGAUCUACGAGCUGCUGACGCUGAGGCAUCCUUUCAACGCAAGCAGUAUGAAGGGACUGAUGCAGCGUAUCCUCAAGGUGCAGUACGAUCCUAUUCCGCAGUUAUACACAGUGGAAAUGCGAAACAUUAUCCCGCGUCUCCUGACGAAGGAUCCGGCGCAGCGCAUCAAGCUUGAGGAGCUCCUCGAGUUGCCAAUCAUGCAGCGUCGGCUGCGAGAAUGGAUGCUAUCGGAUGUGAUGCAAAAGGGUUAUAUUGAGGCGCUGCUCCGGCAGAAUUUAUUGCCGCCUGCCAUCGCCGCACUGAGAAAGUCUGAUACACCAGCAACAACAACAGCACCACCACCAACAACAACGACAGCACCACCAUCGCUACAACCACCAGCACCAACAACAACAACAACAACAACAACAACAGCAGCAGCAGCAGCGGCGGCAGCAGCAGCAGCAUCAGCAUCAGCAUCGGCAUCGGCAUCGGCAUCAAAGGGUGCGGGUGCCCCUUCGCCACCGAUGCCAGCUUUAGUGUCACCGAUGGAUAAACCCUUCGCGCCAUCUACUACACCACCAGUGUUGAGCCCCAAACGCUCUCUUGAGUGCCGCAAUAACUCACUGUCGCUCACCCCGCCUAUACACACACCACAAACCCACUAUCAGCCAUAUUCAAUGCCCCCGCAACGGUCAUCAAGGGAGCCAGUGGGUUUCGCCGCAUUGCAGGGGCCGAGGCGGUCGCAGCAGGUACAGCUCAUGUAUAAAAACAUCAAUGGAGGCUACAAUUCUCCUUAUUCCCCAGCCGACGUGCGGCAGAGGACGCGCAUCUCUCUCUCGGUGCCCCUGCAAGUGGCCCCAGUGGCCAGGCCAUCGCAACGUGGCUCGCUUCACGCGCCGUUGGCCGGUGUUAGCAGUGUGCGGCGUGCCUCACCGGUACCGGGUGCGUCUCGCAUGGCCCUGGACGUGGGAGCGGCAGCAUUUCCCUCUGGUAAUUCGUUUAGCCGACCUUAUCCGGCUCCCCAGGCGAUAGGGGGCGCAGGCCCACUGCCAACAGACACCAACGAGAACAGCGGCUCAUGUCAACGCACUGUGGAGCACCGGGUGCGUAAGCGCGGCCAGCAGGAGUCGGGUGUAGUAACGUCAUGUCUGAACCCUUUCUUUCAUAGACCCUCCAACGGGCCGGCGCCGCUGCCGUACCUUGCGGGAUCUCCAAAUGUAGACAUCAAGUUGAUGCUUCAGCGCGCUGCAUUGGAACGGGCGCAACGACGUGCAUUCUCGUGA